CUAAAUGAUAUUAAAAAACACAUGGAAAAUACUAAUGGUGACCACAUAGAGGUAACAGGUAAGUAAUACCUUUGUCUAGCGCACUUAACACCGGUCGCCGGUUGGAUUGUAAAGAAGAGUGGAACUGUUCUUCAUGACUAGCAACGAAACCAGCAAGGAUCCAAAGUCCGUUUACGAUUUUGUUGUGAAGGAUGCUAAGGGCGAUGACAUAGAUCUUUCCAGUUACAAAGGAAAAGUCUUACUCAUUGUCAAUGUUGCUUCUAAGUGUGGCAUGACCAACCCAAAUUAUGCGGAGUUGAAUCAACUGUAUCACAAGUAUAAACACAAAGGGUUGGAGAUUUUGGCAUUUCCAUGUAAUCAAUUUGGCGAUGAAGAACCUGGAAGCAAUGAUCAAAUUGUGGAGUUCGUCUGUACGCGCUUCAAAUCAGAAUUCCCCAUCUUCGCUAAGAUAGAAGUGAAUGGAGACAAGUCUGCUCCUUUGUAUAAGUUCUUGAAGUCAGGUAAAUGGGGAAUAUUUGGGGAUGAUAUUCAGUGGAACUUUGCUAAGUUUCUGGUUGAUAAGAAUGGCCAAGUGGUUGAUCGUUAUUACCCCACAACUUCUCCUCUCAGCCUUGAGCGAGACAUUUGUAAGCUACUAGGUAUUCAAUGAAGGAUGAAUCUGACUUCUCAAUGUCAAGCUUCUUUUUCUUGUGUUUAUUAUGUUCCUUCUUUGAUGUCUUAAUGUGGUACAUAUAAGGUUUGAUAACCUAAACAAGACUUGCUUAGUUGCUUAUCCUGGUGGAGUACAUGAUGCAAAUAUGCAAUGAUGCCUGAUUUUGUUGAGUUUAA